AUGUCUCGAAGAAGGCUGCUGGUCGGUGGAGCCGCGGGUGCGGCGAGCGCAGUGAUGGCCGCUUGGGCGCUCUCGGCCGACGACUCGCCCGUAGAGUGGUACAGGCCGGCGAUCGUCACCGCCAGGAGCGAGCGUAAGAAGCGUCCCCUGCCCUCGCGCACGGAGCAGGUGAACAUGCUGCAGGCAGGGCACACUUACGACGUGCUCAUCAUCGGAGGUGGUGCGACCGGGGCCGGCUGCGCUUUGGACGCCACCACGAGAGGUCUCCGCACGGCCCUAGUGGAGGCGGACGACUUCGCGAGCGGCACAUCCAGUCGCAGCACCAAGCUGAUCCAUGGCGGCGUCCGCUACCUGCAGAAGGCUAUCAUGCAGCUCGACUACGAACAGUACAAGAUGGUCAAGGAGGCGUUGCACGAGCGAGCGAACAUGCUGGAAGUGGCGCCCCAUUUGACCCGCCCGCUCCCGAUUCUGCUACCGGUGUACAAGUGGUGGCAAGUUCCAUAUUACUGGUUCGGUAUCAAAAUGUACGAUUUGGUGGCGGGCGAUAGGAAUGUGAAGAGCUCCUACUAUUUAUCGAAGAAGAACACCCUCGAACUAUUUCCCAUGCUGAAAUCUGAUAAUCUUUGCGGAGGGAUCGUUUAUUACGACGGGCAGCAAGACGACGCGCGCAUGAACCUGGCUAUAGCGCUUACUGCCGCCCGCCACGGCGCCACCAUCGCCAACCACGUCAGCGUCACCAAACUGCACAAGACGGCUGGCAAGCUGAGCGGCGCGCGCCUCAGGGACGAGAUGACGGGCAAGGAGUGGGAUAUUAAAGCGAAGAGUAUAAUCAACGCGACGGGACCGUUCACGGACAGCAUCAGGAAAAUGGACGACGACACUGUCAAGGAAAUCUGCUGCCCCUCCUCCGGAGUCCAUAUCGUCCUGCCCGGAUACUACAGCCCAGAGCACAUGGGUCUCCUGGAUCCCGCUACGUCCGACGGCCGAGUCAUCUUCUUCCUGCCCUGGCUGAAGGGCACCAUCGCCGGCACCACUGACCUGCCCUGCAAGGUCACGCACAACCCCAAACCCACCGAGGACGAGAUCCUGUUCAUCCUCACCGAGGUCAAGAACUACCUGAACCCUGAUGUUGAGGUGCGCCGCGGCGACGUGCUGUCCGCGUGGUCGGGCAUCCGGCCACUGGUGUCGGACCCCAACAAGCCGGACACGCAGUCGCUGGCGCGCAACCACAUCGUGCACGUGUCGCCGUCCGGGCUGGUGACCAUCGCGGGCGGCAAGUGGACCACCUACCGAUCUAUGGCCGCCGAGACAGUGGACGCCGCCAUCGAGAGUGCCAAUCUAAAGCCGCUAUACAAGGAGAGCCAGACCGACGGGUUCCUGAUCGAGGGUGCACACGGCUGGACCCCCACUAUGUACAUCAGACUAGUGCAAGACUUCGGCCUCGAAAUGGAGGUGGCGCAGCACUUGGCGAAGUCCUACGGUGACAGGGCUUUCGCAGUGGCGAAGAUGGCCUCAAUGACCGGCAAGAGGUGGCCCAUCAUCGGGAAGAAAGUACACCCCGAAUUCCCUUACAUCGACGCCGAAAUCAGGUACGGCGUGCGCGAGUACGCGUGCACCGCCGUGGACAUGAUCGCGCGCCGGCUGCGGCUCGCGUUCCUCAACGUGCAGGCGGCCGCCGAGGCGCUGCCCGCCAUCGCGGAGAUCAUGGCCGAGGAGCUCAAGUGGAGCGACGCCGAGAAGAACCGUCAAAUCAAGAUGGCGAGCGAGUUCCUUGCAAAUGAAAUGGGCCAAAUGGUGAACCGCGCCAGUCGGGACAAGAUACCAAUCAACCUCAGCAAGGAGGAGAUCCAGACCUACAUCAAGCGGUUCCAGAUUAUCGACAAGGAUAGGAAGGGCUUCGUAUCCAUAAACGACAUUAGGAGGAGUCUCAAGAGUAUGGGCGUUAACCCGACCGACGCGGAGAUAACCUCGCUCCAGUCCGAAAUUGACUCGACGUACCACGGCCAGCUGGAAUUGCAGGACUACCUGCAGAAUUACGGCGAGGACGUCACCGGCGAGCAGUUGCACGAAAUAUUGCGCGAGAUCGACACUAACAUGAACGGCCAGGUCGAACUUGACGAGUAUCUGCAGAUGAUGUCGGCCAUUAAGUCCGGUCAUGUGGCGUAUUCACGAUUUGCGCGCAUGGCCGAGAUGGAAGAGGAACAUCACGAAAGAGAAGCACUCAAGAAGAAGAUUACGGUAGAGAGGAGCGGUGGCGGCUUG